AAGACCGUUGAACGGGAUCGGUACUGGGCUGCAGCGGUACGGAUAGCUCAAGUCUGUGAAAAGUGUCUAAAAACUCGAAAGAAAGUAAAAACCCUCUGGAAAACGCCGAAGGAACCUCCGGGAAAUGAUAUAAAUAAAUAAAUAUUAAAAAUCAUACCACAAUCGAGUGUUCAGUUCUUUUGCUAAGAUGGCCAAAAGGCAAGUGUUAGGCAUCUUAAGCCUCCUAAGCCUGUGCUGCUCUUUCGGAACCGUGCAAGCAUCCACGGAAUAUAAUAAGUAUCUAACCCAGAUAUUUCAAAAAUACGGCAACGGCGGGACAAUCAACUUUGAGGGUCUUGAGCAUUUGAUGUUCAGCUUGAACUUGGGUCAAAUUCAAUUUGAACCCUCGCACUCCCUCGAAGAGCAUCGACCGGAAGGAUAUGCCAAGGUUAUCAAUGACAGCUCUAAUAUAACCAGUAACUUCCUGGAGGAGCCGACACGCGCCAACUCCACCGAUGAGGAACCUUUGGAAGUUGAAAUUUCCACAAGCAAUUUGACAAAGUCAGAGUCAGGGCCAGAGAUACCGGAAUUCCUGGAAAUACAUGACCCCAGACAUAGGCAUCCAAGGGAAAGCAGUGAUCCCGUGGCUGCCUGCUUAUCGCCCAAGUCCUUGCUAUCCCUUUUAGUAGAUCACAAUGAUCUGCACAAGAACACAGCCUAUCGAAAACUGAUCAACAAGGAGGGUGUAGUCUCCGUUGAUACCAUUCACAACUCCGAGGAGGAAUAUAAUCAAUUCAUCAACUCGGUUAGGAUAACCCCGCGAGCCUUCAUGAAACUCUGUCCUGCUUUGCUGGCUCAAAUCGAUAAUGGAGUUUGCAAGCAACCGGCUCCAAAGUCCAGUGAUCUUGAGGAAAAGAAGCAGAAGAUUUGGUAUGCUUGGAUAGCCGCCAGUAUCUCCAUGAUAAUUCUCUCCGCCUGCGGCUUGCUGGGAAUUCUUUUAGUUCCUUUGAUGAAGACAGCUGCCUACCAGGAGAUACUCAAGUUUCUGGUUUCCAUAGCCGUGGGCACUUUGGCGGGCGAUGCUUUGAUGCACUUGCUCCCUCAUGCUCUUUUCACGGAGGAAAAACAUGAAGAGGAGGUGACUGGCAUCAAUCCCUUGGAAUCGGAUCACAAGCAUAGCAACGAGGCAGCUUUGCUCUGCGGUUGCACCUUCCUGGCAGCUCUUUUUAUGUACAUGCUGGAGAAUUUGAUUCCCAUGCUCAAGGGAGAGAAGUCAGGACACGGACACAGCCAUGGACAUGGUCAUAGUCACAAUCACAAUCACACAAAGCAACAGGAACUACCCGAUCUCCCAGCGCCACGCGAACUCAAUGUAAUGCUGCAGGAGGCCAAGCUGGAUGAGAAGACACCCGAACGCCCACUCACUCCGGUGGCCUUUAUGGUGAUCAUUGGCGAUGGCCUGCACAAUCUUACCGAUGGCCUGGCCAUUGGUGCGGCAUUUGCCACGGAUCCAGUCACAGGCUUUGCCACAGCCUUUGCCGUCCUCUGCCACGAGUUGCCCCACGAGCUGGGCGACUUUGCACUGCUCCUCCAAACUGGCGUGUCUAUGCGCAGAGCGAUCUACAUGAAUAUUGUGAGCUCAGUGCUCAGCUUUGUGGGCAUGUCCGUGGGUUUGUUUAUUGCCGGCAUCGGUGAUGGGAUGACCCAAUGGAUUUAUGCAGCCACGGCUGGUUCCUUCCUGUACAUAGCCUUUGCCGAUCUGGUGCCCACGAUGAGUGUGGCCCACAAUCCGGAAAUGGCCACAGAUGUAAAGGGUAUUAUUAUACAAAUAUUGGGUAUUCUCCUCGGCGGACUGAUCAUGUUGGUUAUUGCACUGAAAGAGCACGAUUUGCAGGGUCUGUUUGACGUUUUUUCAAAGAGUUGAGUAACUCAAGGGGAGAUUUGAUAGCUUUUCCUUUUUGUUUUUUGUGUAGAUAGUAGCUUAAGCCAAAAGUUUUUCCUAGAAUCUCCAUGCUUUGCCUUCUCCUAGCAUUCAUUUUAAAUAUAAAUACCUUAAAGAUAUAAUCGCUACCAAAUGCAAAAAAGUCUGUGGUCAAAGUUUAAGAAAAACAAACUUAUUCGUGCUCCAGAAAUAUUAAAAAAUAUAAAUAGGAGAAAAUUGUGCAAUUUUUUAAAGCCUU